AUGGAGGAACGUACAUUCCACCUCUUUUCACAACUCCCUCUGGAGCUUCGGGAACAAAUCUGGAAGAUGGCUAUGCGCCCGGACAAGCCGGGCGUUCAAAUAUUCCGGGUGUACAAUCCUGAGCUCGACAAUCCUAGACAUGCGAAAGACAUUUAUGGCUUUACACUCAAGCCUGGCUCCCCCCGAAAGUAUUAUAACGUUCCACCGUGCUCGUAUCGGCUUGCACUUCCAGUGUGGAACAAAUAUCCAGACAGCACCGACGGCUCAAGUGACCACAACAUAUCUACAUAUCUGAUCGACAGCUCACUAUGGACAGUCUGCCAAGAGUCCAGAUCUAUGAUGAGAAAGACUUUCGGAUCAAACGACGCGUCUAGCCAGAGACUCUUGGGAUCAGCAACUGCCCACUAUCUCUCAGGUGGCGCCGCUUCAUAUGUCACAAUUUACCCGGAGAAAGAUCUGAUUGUCCUGCAGUUUGAUGACAUGUUCAAAUUCGACUGGUUUUUUCUAUAUGAUCUGUUCAAUUCAAAUAGAUGGGGUUGCGGUAUUCGCAACAUAGGUAUUGAGUAUCAAAUAGAAUGGGGCCUUGAUACCUCCAAGGGUGAUGAAGAUCCGCUCUAUGAAUUGCAAUGUAUCCCUUUAUUGUCUAGCAUUUGGCUGAUCGACCACAACCUGAAACGACGAGAAGGUACUCGCCGCCAGAAGGACAGCCGCAAAGAUGAAUACAGAUAUCCGAGACUCAAAAAGCCAUUUUACGCCAACGACAGAAAGUUUAGAAAAGUCAAUCUUGAGAAGGAAGAUGACUGUAUGGACCAUUGGAAAUAUCUCAAGCUAAUUUCCGACGACUACGACGAUUCCUCUAUAGCUUUUGCCAAUCGACUUCGGGAAGACGUCUGGGACACCAAUGUCGAGAACGAGUUUAAGGGAUCGCCUUGUUUCGUGGGUUUACUUGGAUGGGACGACAUUUGA